AUGGGGGGCAUUAGGGAGGCUUUGAGUUGGUUGAAGGACAAGCCAUACCAACAUGUUUGUGUGGAGAGUGAUAGCUUAGUUACUGUACAAGCUAUCCAUAGUCCGAUAGAGAUGUUUUCGGGUUUUGGUUUAAUUGUGAAAGAUUGUAAGUCUUUGUUAGACUCUAUGAAUAAUGUUUCGUUACGGUUUGUUAAACGUUCUGCUAAUCGAGCUGCACAUGUUAUGACACGUCAGUCUCGGUUGUUUGCUGAUCGUAUGUUCACGAGGGAUGAUGUUCCUUCGGAACUUGAAAUUGUAGUUUUGAGCGAUUGCUCUUGA